AUGUCAGCUCCCAACCACUCCACUAUCAAUUAUGACAUGUUUGUUCUCAUCGGCAUCCCUGGCCUGAAGGAGCUGCACACGUGGAUCUCCAUCCCUUUCUGCCUGAUGUACCUGGUGGCUGUAUCAGGAAACGGUCUUCUGAUCUGUGUGGUGGCAGCAGAGCGCAGUCUUCAUGAACCCAUGUACCUCUUCCUCUCCAUGCUGGCUUUUUGGGAUCUGAUUCUAUCCACAUCCACGGUACCCAAAGCCCUGAGCAUCUUCUGGUUUGAUGAUGUUGACAUCUCUUUUGGAGGCUGUGUCACUCAGCUCUUCUUUAUGCAUUUUGCCUUUGUAGUGGAGUCAGGCAUUCUCUUGGCCAUGGCUUUUGACCGCUAUGUGGCCAUCUGCUACCCACUGAGAUACACCACCAUUCUUAGCCAUAGUGUCAUUAGCAAAAUAGGGGGUAUUGUGGUGUUUAGGAGUUUUGCAACUGUCUUCCCCAUUGUCUUUCUUGUGAAGCGUCUACCCUUCUGCCGGACAAACAUCAUUGCCCACACCUUCUGUGAACACAUGGGGCUGGCAAAGCUGGCUUGUGCUGAUAUCACCAUUAAUAUCUGGUAUGGAAUCUCUGUGCCUCUACUCAGUGUUAUGCUAGAUAUGGUAAUGAUAGUCAUCUCCUAUGGGCUCAUCCUUAGAGCAGUCUUCAGGCUUCCGUCCCAUGAGGCUCGGAUGAAAGCGCUCAGCACCUGUGGUUCCCACGUCUGUGUCAUCCUCAUGUUCUACCUUCCAGGGAUUUUCACUGUCAUUGCUCAGCGCUUUGGCCAAAAAAUCCCCAAGCAUGUCCACAUCUUGCUGGCCAAUCUCUAUGUACUUGUUCCCCCCAUGAUGAACCCAGUUAUCUAUGGAGUGAAAACCAAACAGAUUCGGGAACGAGUGGUACUUGUGUUUUCUCCAAAAGGGAAAUGUUGCUGA